AUGAAGACCAACCUUUCACUUUCUUCUUUCCUAGUAUUUGCCACUCUCAUGUCAAUCGUGGCGACGAAACACUGUAACGCCUUGCUGACGCACAAUCACUACAGCACCCGCCAAUGUUCGUUGCAUCAUUCCAGCUGCUCUAGAUGCACCGUUCUAGCCAACUCUUUUGAACAGCUUCCUGGAGAGUCAGACAUUGACUUUAUUGAACGCAUUACCUCUAACAGCAAGGCCUUGUUGGAAGACUCCACGUCGUCGUCCUCUUCUGUCCAGCAGCAAGAAGAAGAAGAAUCACAAGAAGAAGGCGCGUCAGAGAAACCCAAGGGAAAAUAUCAACCCAUUGAAGAGUGGGAUGCGGAACGCAAGUCUUCUGGAGAACUGUCCUGGGAAGAAAAGGUCAUGUUUGAUGGACAACAACAUGGGAAUCAAGUCCGACAGAAUGAUAUUCUCAUUCGGAAUUUGCAUUCAUUUUAA